GAUCAUGACUGCCCAGCGUGGCAACGCGAGGCUUCCAAACUUACAGGUACCUAAUGCCUGAGCCUUUAAUUCUACCAGGUAGCAGGUACACUAAGUUGUCUCAUCACGCGAGACGGCGUCCGCCAUUCUACCCUUCCUUAUCUUUUUUACUUUGUAAAUAUCAUAAAAACCUACCUAACGCAGCAUACUACUCCUCGUCCUGCCUCGCUGCAUCUACCUACAACCCUCAUUCCGAGCCGGCACCAGUGUUUUCUUCCGCCUCAUAUCCACCCGACUCAUUCUAACAAAUAAGCCUCCGCUCUACAACCCCCACGAUGUUGAAGAUAUGGUCUAUGAAAUCUGCCCAGCAAAAAGCAGAAAAUGCUGAUGGCGCAGCUGGGAAAAAGAAGAAGGUCACACCCGCUCAACUACGGGUACAAAAAGAUCUCUCCGAGCUAUCUUUAGGAUCGACUAUGAAAACGAUAUUCCCCGACCCGGAUGAUAUCCUCAACUUCGUGCUCGAAAUCACACCGGAUGAGGGCAUCUACCAGAACGGAUUAUUCACCUUCACAUUCACCAUGGGCCCGAACUACCCGCAUGAGCCGCCCAAGGUGCGCUGUCAGCAAAAGAUCUACCAUCCCAACAUCGAUCUCGAGGGCAAGGUGUGCCUGAAUAUUCUGCGCGAGGACUGGAAACCGGUGCUUAACCUGAACGCUGUCAUUGUCGGUCUACAGUUCCUAUUUCUCGAACCGAACGCCUCGGAUCCUCUAAAUAAAGAAGCUGCAGACGAUCUACGUUCGAGCCGCGACAACUUCCGAAGAAACGUGCGUGCCUCUAUGAGCGGUGGUUCGAUACGUGGAGUUACAUACGAUCGGGUGCUCUCUGCAGGUAGGUAAGAACUGGCAGGAUGUAAAGGACUUAACGACGAGGCAUUUUGCGAACAAAAAGGCGUUUCAGUCCAGUCGGACUAUAUGAUAUACUCGAGCUGGCACAAUAAGGAACCCUAUGCAGAUCGGCUGAUGCUCAAAUGUAAGGGGGCAAGAUGAGACCAAAGGAAUAAGUUUUAGACUGGCUUUGCGGACGGCACAUAGCAAGGCGUUUAUGAGGGUGUCGCAUUUACUCCAAGGCAUCAAGGAGACUGUCAAUAUCGUCUCUGCUUUUAGUAUUUUGCAGCUAUAAAUCACUUUAUGGCCAGGCAUUAUGCUUAUUCCUUUCCAUGGACGACCAAUGACCACAUCACGAUAGAUAGAUAGUAGUAUAUGAAUAUGACGAAAUUAUACGAAAUUAUCACUA